GCUUCGCGCGCAUCCAUCCCGGGCAUCCCGGGCAUCCCGGGCAUCCCGCCUCUGCCGGGAAUUCCGCUCUUCCCGGCGGGAUGGCCACCCCGCCCAAGAGGAUCUGCCCCCCGCCGGAGCCCAGCCCCGUCGGGACCCGCAUCAAGAAGGUCUCCAUCGAGGGCAACAUCGCUGCUGGGAAGUCAACGUUCGUGAAUAUCCUCAAACAAGUGUGCGAGUCCUGGGAAGUGGUUCCCGAACCCAUCGCCCGGUGGUGCAACGUGCAGAGCGCUCAAGAUGAAUUUGAGGAGCUGUCGACGUCUCAGAAGAGCGGCGGGAACGUGCUGCAGAUGAUGUACGAGAAGCCGGAGCGCUGGUCCUUCACCUUCCAGACGUACGCCUGCCUGAGCCGGAUCCGGGCCCAGCUGGCCGCCCUCGGCGGGAAGCUCCGCCAGGCGCCGGAGCCCGUGCUUUUCUUCGAGCGCUCGGUGUACAGCGAUCGGUACAUAUUUGCAUCUAACCUGUACGAAUCUGACUGCAUGAACGAAACGGAGUGGACGAUUUACCAAGACUGGCACAAUUGGACGAAUAGCCAGUUUGGCCAAAGCCUCCACCUGGAUGGGAUCAUUUAUCUCCGAGCCACCCCAGAGAAAUGCUUAAAUCGGAUUUAUUUGCGGGGCAGGGAUGAGGAACAAGGAAUUCCUCUUGAGUACUUGGAGAAGCUUCACUACAAGCACGAAAGCUGGCUUCAGCAAAGAACCCUGAAGACCAACUUUGACUAUCUUCAAGAAGUGCCCAUCUUAUCGCUGGAUGUUAAUGAAGAUUUCAAAGACAAGCAUGCCAAUCUCAUUGAAAAGGUCAAAGAGUUUUUGAGUACUUUGUGAUGUCUCUGAGGUCACGAAAUGGUUCCAUCUCUGCAGUUUGACCCAGUAAAGUCUCUCACAACCCAUUUUUCCAUACCUCUGCUGUAUCUCCCUGACCCCACCAAAAACAAUCGGCCCAAAUGAAUCCCAUGAGAUUCUUUUUUUUGGAAAUGUGGUGGACUACGGGUAAAUGUGUGGAGUUAUAUAUAGUUCAACGUGAAGAUCCCUGCGUGAGCCAGAGGGUUGCUUAUGCACUGAAAUAACAAUGUAAGUUAGCCACUAGCAUAAUGAUUCCUGAACCUAUCAAUUCUUUUUCUUUGUUUUGUUUUGGUUUUUUCUCCAUUGCUUGUUCAGGUGACUUCUGAAACUUAAACAGGAGACUUGGUAAAUUCAGGUUAGAACAUCUUUCACUAAUGUACUAUAUUAGCGCGGCUAAAAUGGCGAUAGGUGAA